AUCGCAAGACUCUGGCUCUAUGUCAAUGUCAUUCGUGAGGAACUCGUUGCAUUGAAAAGGAUGUGUGUUGUUUGUGCUGGUGCAUUGGUAACAUCGAAUACUGUGGACUAAAUAACAUAACAAUAAAUAAAAGACAGUCGUCGUCGGCAAAAAGCAAGUACGUCAGUAAGCAGAGAAAAGAUGGCUACGAAUGUUACGGCUGAAUGUCAGUAUUUUUACGAAGAUGUAAUUUAUCGUGUGGACAAAAAAGGCAACGUCGUUUUCGGUAUCAUCAUGGAAAACGAUGAUCAGGAUAUGUCCGACGAGAGCUCAGAUGGCGAGGAAAGUCCCAAACGAAAAAAGGGCGAGAUCCGCGUUGUCUGGCAUCCGUCUGGAGAUGAGGAACUAAUAAACUCUAAAAAGGUGCAUUUAGCAGAUAGGACAUUAAUGCCAGGUGAUGUUGUGCGACGUAUGAUUAAAGGAAAAGAUACACAAAGAGGAUAUUGUAGAGAUAUCGAGCUUACUGCGUGCAUUCAAAUUAUUGGCACCAAGCAGGUUCUUACAAAUAUUAGGAGUGAAGAUUUAGUUCCUUUAGAAGAAUUUGCGACAGAUAUUGCAGUUUGUAUGGAUUCGUGGGUAGGUGGCAUUAGAAUGACACACUUCAAAGUUUGGCUAACUACACCUGAUGGAUCUCGUUGUGUUAUAAAUGAAAUGGAUUCACGUGCGCUAGGACAAUUGGAAGAAAAACGGGAUAAUGAUAAUGAUUUUCCUCAUUCUACUGAAUUUUACCCUGGUCAGAAUUUAUGGGGUCCUAUUCACUGCCUAGAAGAAGCACAAUGGAUUCAUUGUACGAAAGAAAUGAAAGCAAAAAGAAAGACAAAACCACAGAAAAUAACCAAAGUAGUAGUAGAAAAAGUUGAAACAGACUGGGUCGGGGUUCAUUGGCAAUGCAGAGCAUAUUCAAAAGAUGGAGCUUGGUCUGAUCAAGCUCAACCAAAAUUUGUUGUUGAAGGAGAGGAUUUAAAGAAGUUAAAGUUACUUAAUGUUUUUGAACCAUCUACAUUACAAGUUGGUGAUCGUAAUUAUUAUGUGAUUAAGGGCAAUGAAAAUGUUAUAACUCGAGAACAAUGGAGAAAACAACAAAGAGAUAUUUUUCAAAUUCCUAAGCAUAGUCCAAAAAAAAUACGUCCCAAUAUCAGUGUUACAAAACCAGCUGACGAUAAAAAAACAAAUGAAAAAAAAGUUGAAGACAAGAAAAAAGGAAAAGAAAAAGAAAACAUGAAUGAAGAAUCCAUAGAGGACAGUACACAAAACAAUAUUAAUAAUUUACAAAACAUUACGAGUGGUAAUACAUUGAUGCCACCACCACAUGUACAGAAUACUGAAAGUUCAGACGAUUGGGAUACAGAAGACACUGGUUCCCAAAGUGACACUGGUUCGAUAUCCAGUGGAUGUUCCAGUAUGUCAUCUAUGGGUAAAAAGAAAAAAGGUCCUGCAUUAAUGACAAAAGUAUUGAAGAAGAAGAAAUUAUGCAAAGCCAAAAAAAAAGUACCACCUGUUCCAUUAAUUCCAGGAACUAAGAUAGUUGUGGAAACACUUUCGACUAAUACAAAAGCCAAUGUUGUGUGGCAAGAUGGUUCUGUAGAGUUUGGCAUUCCAUCAACACAGUUAUAUCCAAUUCAUCAUUUGGACGAUAAAGAAUUUUUUCCGGGAGAUUUUGUUUUAGAUCAAAAGGAAGAAUCUCGAAUGUAUGGUGUUGUACAAAGUGUUGAUCACCAAGGUCGAACUGCUAAAAUAAAAUGGUUUAGAACAUAUACCUGUAGUCAAACUCCACAACCAACUUUAUUAGAAGAACGUGAAGUAAGUGUUUAUGAUUUGAAGGAUCAUCCGGAUUUUCAAUACAGGCCUGGUACAGUGGUAAUACGUAUAGCUAAUUUUGAAGGAGAGGAUGCUGGUUGUACAGCUGGACAAGUAUUAGACAAUUAUCCAGAAGGUCGUGUUAAAGUAUGGUGGGUCGAUGGACAUAUUAGUAUGUGUUGGCCACAAGAUUUAUAUAAAGUCGGUGAGUAUGACAGUGAUGAAGGAGAACUUUGGGAUGAUGUAUCAUCAGAUGCAUCAUGGGAAACUGAAUUAGAAGAUUGUUUCAUUGCUGAUACUGAUACGACAGAGCAAACUGAGCUAGAAAUAAUAAAACCAAAGUUAGCUGCACAUAUUGAAAAAGCUAGAAUUGCAAUGUCGAGAUUAGAAGAAAUUUUUACACAAAAUCCAUCACUGCAAACUACAGAAGUAAUGCGAAAAUUACUGGAAGUUUAUAAAGAUUGUCGAUACAUGGAUAAACUUAUGGGUACAUCAUUUUUCCAUGAAAGUCAUUUUCAAGGAUUACUUGAACGGGUAAGAGAACGUGGCAGGGCAAACGUAGCACAACGAAUGGCAGAUCAGGUAACAAGACUGUUUACUCAUAAAUCCGAUGGAUCGGAGGAAAAUAUAAGCAAAGACAAUCCAAAUAUUACUCAAAAUACACCUUGUACAAUAGAAAGAAUAGUAACUAAUGUAAUGGAUGUAGCAACUACUACCAAUAAAAGUAAUGAAGAUAAUAAUAGAAAACAGAAAGAGGAAGCAGAAUCAGAUAAUCGAUUAUUGAUUAAUGUCAAUCCAAAUCCUGAAGAUUCUGGAUUAUAUUCUGCAGAGAACUCCAAAAAAGAAUCAGGUUCUAGUGAAUCUAGCGGAGAAUUUUUACUUAGUGAAGAUGUUAAUAACGAACGUUUUCUGCCUGCACAAACAACUGAAUCAAUAAAAACAGAAAUAGAUAAAACAGCAAAAAUGCAAAUGCAUAUAACAAGUUCUCAUGUUGCUAGUUCACAUGUUUGUGUAAAACUUUGUACCCUUAUAAAAGCUCAAUUAGUAUUGGCACAUUCAGAAGUUUCAAAACGCUUUGGUUUAUCAAAAAUGUCAUUAUCAGAUGCAGCAAAAGGUUCAUCGCCCCAUAAAAAACAAAAGAAAGAAGAAGAAAAACAUGUAGAAACAUUGUCAGAACCGUCUGAAUCUAUGGUAGAUAUUCCACCAUUGAUUUAUGCGGAAGGUGAAGGAUUUUCCAUAGAAGAAACUGCUCCGGAUAGUCAUAAAUUUAAAUUAACAAUGUUCCAACCUACGGAUCCAACAAAUUUCUUUAGAACAGUUUCAAAAGAGUUGAAACUUUUAAGAAGUUCCCUUCCACCAGGAGUGUGGAUAAAAGGUUUUGAAGAUCGUAUAGAUUUAUAUUCUGUGAUGUUCCGUGGUCCUGAAAAAACACCAUAUGAGGAUGGACUUUUUCUUUUCGACUUUCAGUUGUCUGCAGAUUAUCCUGCCGCUCCGCCCCUAUGUCAUUAUAUUUCUUAUUGUAGUGAAAGACUCAACCCUAAUCUUUAUGAAGAUGGAAAAGUAUGUGUGAGUCUUCUUGGAACAUGGUCUGGUCGUGGAACAGAAGUAUGGACUAAUUCUUCUACUUUACUGCAAGUUAUAGUCUCUAUACAAGGUCUUAUUCUUGUAUCAGAACCCUACUUCAACGAAGCUGGUUUUGAAAAGCAAAAGGGUUCUCAGCAAGGCAGAGAAAAUUCUAGAAUGUAUAAUGAAAUGGUAGUAUUAAAAUUGGUUCAAGCUCAGACAAAAUUAUUGCAAUAUCCACCCCUUGUGUUUAAAGACAUAAUUAUAGCACAUUUCAAACGACAUGCAGAAAGAUUAUUACAACGAUUAGAUCUUUGGAUGGAAAUAUCUGAACAGCAUAAUAAUCAACAUCCAUUAUCUCCUGUUACACCAACCACAUUUAAGGAAAUCUCAGAAAUAGAUCAAAAAAUUCUGCCUGAAUUUCCUUUAAUACCAGCUUCUAGAGGUUUUUGUAUUACACUUAGAAAAACAUUGGCAAUAUUUAGAGGUGUGCUUAUUAAAGAAAGCAUACUACAAAAACCAAGCAAUUUACAAAGUUAUACAAGUGAAACAGUAAAUAAUUCUAUUCAAGAACGUCAAAAAAUAAUGGCAACUGUAGAAAAUAAAGAAUCAGAGAAUGAUACCAGCAGGAGCAGUGUACAAGCAGAUAGUAAAUCUUUAUCAAAUGGCAAUUUAAGAAAGGACUUAAUUUCAUCUUCCCCUACAAUCCCUCCAAGCGAAAGGAAAAAAAAUUCAUCAGAAAGAAAUACCAGCUAGCCACAAGGUAAACUUAUAUCCAAAUCCAACAGCAUAGUUCGCAAAAGUUAUAUAAAAUUUCGGUAAUAUAUUGAAUUAAUUUAUUAAAUUAGAUUCUGAAAAAUGUUUAUGAUAUCUAUUUAUUAAUAUUAACAUUAAUAACGAGAUAACUCUUAACAGAAAUGCCGCUGUCAUUGCUCCGCAGCUAGGAAUACUUGAUAUUGUUUAGUAAUCAUUUAGUAAUAUAAAUGUAAUUGUAUAAGGGACAUACAUAUAUAUAAAAGAGUGAUAUACUAUUCUUGUGCAUUCCUUUGUACAAUUACAAAAUAAAAUAUAAAAUUAAUAUGUGGUAUGAACCAUCUCGUGAUACCACAUAUAUAUUUAGUUCUAUAAAUUGGCAGCAAUAAAUAGCUGCCUUAUAAAUAGACAAAGAUAUGACUGAUUUGUAAAAGAAAUCUUGAAUACACAGGAAAGAGAUUUGAAUACUCUGGAUAUUCGAAAUGAUAACAGAAGGUAUAAUAAUCUUUAGCAAUAUGUCGAGCCAACAUUAAAUACUUUGCAUUAAGAAAUAUGAUAAUAAUAGUUGUUAAUUAUGAGUGGGUUUCAUUGAGUAAAUUUUUAGUAAAAAUUGCUAUCUAUUUAAGAAUACAUCAUUUCUUCAAUUAUAUUAAACUCAUUAUGCCAUCCACUAAUGUUAUAUUGAAGCAACUAUGAAGUAACUCUAACUGCAGUAGAUUGUAGUUUAGAGACAAAAGAUUCAUAUUUAAACAAAAUUAACUGACAGAUAAGUAUAAUGUUAAAGAUUCUGGUAGAGAAUAGUAUAUAUUUAAUAACAAUCAUAACGCUUUAUUAUCCAUAAUAGAAGUUUCAUUAUUGGUAUUAUUAUUUUGCAGUUAAUAGAAGAAAGAAGGUGAAUUUCUUUAAUUUUGUUUUAUGAAUUUUUUUAAAUAUAUUACACAACUUAUGAAGCAAUUAUUUAAAUAUUUAACAUGUUACUUUAAUAUUAGUUAAUAGUGUGCGUGCGUGCGUGCGCGUGUGUGUGUGUAUGUGCGCGCGCGUGUGUGUAUGUGUGUCUAUAUAUAUAUGCGCAUUUAGAUCAAAACAAUUCUCAGUAUUAUUUGUAUUUACUUUUAAUUUAUAUUUAUAAUUUUUUAAAUGUAAAAAUUUGUUCUAUAUAUAAUAAGAAAAUUAUUAUUUCUGUAAAAAGAAUAUUGUUUUAAAGGAUUCAUAUAUUUGAAAAAAAAAUUCCGAUUCAUAGAUACAGUAAUUGUAUGUAAAAAAGUGACACAUUUUUUUAUUUGUUUUAUGAUUUUUGUGUUCUAUUUUUGUUACAUUAACAAUGAUUUAAGUUAAUAGUAUUCAUUACUGAACUUAUAAACAAUACAAUUUGGCAUGUUGAAAGUAAUAUUAUUUACGAUGAACAAAUUAUAUUGUAACAUAUCUAGAAUUUAUUUUUAUAUGCAUAAAUGAAAGUUUACUUUAUUUACUUAGUACACUAUCUUUUUUUCUUUUGAAAUCAAAGACUAUUUAAUUUGUAAGAAAAGCUUAUAAAGUUUCACAGCAUGAUUUCACACAAAAAACAAUAUUUAUUAAAUGCAUAAAUCAAUUAUAUUUAAUUGGGUGAAUACCAUAUAGAUAGAUACCAUGUUGAUGAAUAAGGAACUAAUGUUUAUGAAAUUUUUCUGGAGAUUUACAUGAUUCCACUAUACUAUCAUUUAUAUAUCACAUUUGUUUCAUUAUUAUCGUAAUAUAAUUUGGAGCAGUUACUAUGAAAUUUCACGCCUUAUAACGUAAUCAAAAAGAAAAAAGGCGGUUUAUGAUCGUACGAAGGAAAAUGGUUUCUUCUGCGUUAUAUGGUGCUGAAUAAUUAGAACAAAACGAAAAACGGAGGGGGGAAGAGGAGAGAAAGAGAGAGAGAAUAUAACACAGAAUUUAGUUUGUAUUAAAAGAGUGUAUAACUAGAGAUAAUGAUAUAGCAACAAAGGAAUAGUAGAGAAGAGGCAGUGAGCGCAGCAGAUAAAUUUGCUGCAAAUUUGGUGAAAAGUGAUGUUUGGAAUGCCUUGUAUAUGUGCCAGCUAUUUAUAUUUACAUUUAUAUUAUUAUAAAACUUAUACUCUCAGAAAUCGCAUCAAAGCUUUACUUUUGUUGUAUACACAUAUUCUUUGAAUAAGGUAUAAUGAAAAGUGAUCAUUAUAUAAAUCACUUACAUGUAUUGGUUUAUGCCAGUACUCCUUACAAUAUACAGGAGAGAGAAAAAUAACUGUAACGGAAUAUACUGCGAGUCAAGUAUACCUUUAUGAGAGAAUCAUGCUUUCUUAAAUAUAAAUAUUAUUUUUAACAUUCUUUGAAACGAUAAUAUAACUACAUAUAAAAUAAACAUAAAAGAGAAUAUACUAUUACGUUAUCUUACAGCUAAAUACCAUUAAUAUUGGAAUUAUAUACUUAUUAUCUCCUAAUACUCGCAGUAGUUAUACCGCCUAGUUUGUCUUCUUCUCACUUGACAUUCUCACGCGUUGGUAUCAUAUUUAUCUGAGAUCACAACGAUUGCGUGAAUGAUUUACUAUAUAUGUAACUUGGUUCCUUAAUUUUCAAUCAAUAAAAAGUCAUUAUGAGAUUAAGAAAUAUAA